UCGCGGGUCCAAUGAAGAUGUAGGAAGACGUGAUGGUUCGAAUGUCCUGACAAAUAACGGCGACCGUCAGGAACAAGUGAAACGAACUGAAGGGGACAAAAGAACAAACUUCGACUCAUACUCGACGGGUCAAAGCGUGCACUAUCACCACGUGCAGAGCCGACGCCAAAAUUAUAGUACAAAGGCUCCUCUGCAUAUAAGAACCCUCAAAUAAUAAAGCCACUAAGUGCCACUGAAGCCAUGGCAUUCGUCACUUUUCCUCGAUCUAUAUAUGACCAGUCCUCAUCUCCUCCUCGCAGCCUAACUCCCGUACUUCAUGGCGACCCAGAUUUUCGCAUCGCUGAGCCCUAUUUGCCCUACGACGUUUAUGAGGACGGUAUAGCGCGAGCAGAAAGGGAGAAGACCGAAGAACACUGGGAACUCAUGUUCCAAAACAUGAGUCGCGCACCUACACCGUGUAAAUCAUCUCCCUUCCCCCCUCCUCUUCACCCUGGCUGGGGAUUCCUUGGUCACACCGGAAGCUCUAGCACUAGCACCGGAACCGGCUAUCUUACGCCAAAGUCUCGUUCUCAAAGCCCGUGUCCAAGCUCGAGAAGACUAGCCUCCAGUGCUAGUCCUUCAGAGUACAGCUCCCCUUCUAAACCUUUCAGUGCCACAUUAGAUUCAGACUUCGCUAUGAUGCGAAUGGACGAAGAUGGGACUGAUGCAGAUGAUGAACGGGAAUCUACUGUCGUGUCUCGGAAAGUAGAAUAUUUGUCGGAUGUCCAGGUUGAAGGUCUGAGCCUGUCGCGAGACCAUGAGGAUGGGGAAAUGCAGGACGCGCUUGCCGACUCGGAUUCGAUAGAAAAAGAGCUCAGCCGUGUCAAUUUACAUAUUCUAGACUCGAGAUUGUCUGAUUUUGUAUCCAAGGCACGCGCCACUCGUCGAAGAAAGUUCGAACCUCUUCAGGCGUCCCCAAGACUGACUCGAAGCGCCGCUAGAAGAAGAAAGGAGUUUGAGUUUAUUGGAUAGGAUAGGAUAUGAAUUAUAUAAAUAGCUCAGGUUAACUAGAAUCUGGGAAGGGAAAUACAUCCAGAAGAAAGGGACAGCGAGCUACCUUGCUCACCUUGAUGUACAUAGUUCCUCGAACUGUCUUGUUACAUACAAAUUAGAUAAAGCAUCAACUUGAACAUCG